UGUUACUACUUCCGGUCCGUCCUUUACUUCUUCCCCCAGCUCACGUGUGUUGUUUUUUAAACGCAUCAUGGCUUUACUCUUCGUGUGAAGUUAAAUAUAUAAAUUCUUUUUCGACAUGGAUCUGGCGUCGAAGGACUCGUACAUCCAGAAACUGACGAGCAAGUUUUUAAAACAAGGAGAGCAGGAACCGAAGAAGAGGACAUUUGCUCAUUUUAACGGUAAGAAAGAUGCUGGCCCUGCACAGAAGAAGAAAAAGACCCAGAAAUUACAAGAUAAGAGAAAUGUUGAGAAUAACCAGAAGAAUAAGAAGAACCAUCAGCAUCCCCCUGCACCACAAAACAAGUCCAGUCCAGCAGCACACAAUGGCGGGCCCAAAAUAAACGGAACUACACCACAGACUUCAGACAAAGGAGGAAAUGUGAAGCCCACCUUCUCCGCGGUGGAUGUUCUCCGUAGGAGGCUGCAUGAAAAGAUCGAAGAGGCCAGAGGGCAGGGAGCCCCAAAGGAUGCGUUGUCAGAGGAAGUCCGAGCUAAGCGAGCCAAGCGAAAACUGGAGCGUGAGCGCAAGAAGAGGAAGAAGAAGGAGUUUCGCAUGAAGAAACUGGCAGAGUCCAACGCUCAAAACCAGCAGCCGGAGGUCAAACAGGAAGAGGAGGAAGCGCCGGCCGUGGGAAAAAGUCAAGAAGCGGCCAUGGUGUUCAACACGGUGCAGACGGUGGAAGACAAGUACGAGGACAAAGUGUUGAAGAAGAAGACCAAGAAGCAGCGCAUCAAGGGUCAGAUCACGCCGCUCUCGGGCAAGAACUACAAGCAGCUGCUGAGCCGCGUGGAGGCGCGCAAAGAAAAGCUGGAGAAGCUGAAGGAGAAAGAUGAGGCCAAGGCCUCCGACGUUCAGAUGAAGAUGAAGUGGACCAACAUGCUCUACAAGGCCGAGGGCAUCAAGAUCAAGGACGACGAGGACAUGCUGCGCUCUGCCUUGGCCAGGAAGGAGAAGCAGCGCGCUCGGCGCAAGAAGCAGUGGGACCAGAGGUGCGAGAGCGUCGUGGAGAAGAUGCAGAAGAGGCAGGACAAGCGACGGAAGAACCUCCAGAAGCGGAAGAACAUGAAGGUGGAGAAGAAGAAGGCCAAAGCCAGGAAGAAGGGCAGGGUGCUGGCCGAGGACUUGAAAAAGGCUUCAGUCUAGUCUGUCAUCAUUCUUUGUUGAUCACUGAACAAAAACAUAAAAGCCCAUUUCUGACACUGAAAGAAAAAAAUAUGCCAAUGGUGAGUCUUAAUAAUAAAUGUCCAAAUUAUGACAUAAAAAUUCAUAUUUCUGAGCUAAGAAAGUCAUUAUUAUGAGCUUUAUUGUGAAAUAAAAAGUCAUAAUUAUGAGAUAAAGUAUCUAAUUUAUGUGACGUUAUAUUAUGUGUUGCCUUCACUGACGCAUGCACAGUUUGUAUCUCAUAAUGUUGACCCUAUUGCAUAACUAUGACUUAUUAUUAUGACUUAUUUCAUACUUAUUACUAUCCUGUGUCAUAUUAUGACUUUGUCUCGUAAUUUCUACAUUUCAUCUCAUAGACUUUGCUAUCUUAUGUUACUUAUGUUACUAGAAGUAACAUAAGAUAGCAUAAGAUUCUUUCUUUCCCUGGCUGUAAGGGGCUUUCACAAACAUCUGAAUCAUUUUUUUGCAGUGUGACUUAUGGUAAUAUUACAAAAUGUGAUUACAUUAGCUCAGAUUAAUACUGCAGCUAAUUAGCUUAGCAUGAAUCUCUUACAUUGAAAAGUCACUAUAAACGUUUGCCUCCGUAAAUAUGUCUGUCCCUUUUCAAGGGAAAGCACCGAUAUGUACAUUUGGAAGCAUAUAAUUACAGCUAUUACGUCAUUAA